GUCGAUGCAUCAACGUGGCGCAGGCGUAAAGGCGCUGCUGGUUCUACACCGCUUAAAGAUAUUCAGUCCACGUCAAGUAAUAUUCCACCAUCAUCGCCGCUACAGAAGUCGCCAGUGAAGCGGUUAUUAGCGAAUCCUGCGUUCUCGUCCUUGUUUGAUACUCCUGAGAAAGGGCAGCCAUCUGCUUGGGGAGAAAUCAGCCCGAUGAAAAUGCCACUACAGAAAGGAGCGUCCAUGGGGUCUCCAAGAAAGCCGCUUGUGCAUAAAGAAGUCUUAUUGAAGAACGUUGAGAGCCUGUUAUUACCAACUCCGGAAAAGCGUGAACGGAAAGAGGUACUGGAUCCGUUCCAACCUGAGGAAAUGCCUCAGAAGAAGGCAGCAGCUGGGCCGAAAAAGGGCAUGGCUCUGGCGUUUUCAGCUGAGCAAGGCCGAAUCGUGAAAAGGGCAUUCAAAAGAUCAACUCCUGCUGGUGGAAACGAAGAAGGAGCAGGAUCCGUAGGAUCAAAUGAAGAAGAAAGUCUACUCAAAAAGGCAAGGUCUCAGCGGAACAGAAACGAAAAAUGCGUCGAAAACAAAACUGGAAGAAAAGAACGGCCGGUGGUGGCCGUGGAUAGCUCGAUUUGUUGCUAA